AUAUAUUCUAAUAUUCAUACACACUGCUCUAUCCACAGAGAGAAGAACAGUUUUUUGAACACUGAAAAUGGGAGUUUUGUCCAAGAUUGCUACUAAUAACCGCCACGGGGAAGAUUCUCCUUAUUUUGAGGGGUGGAAGGCAUUUGAUAGGAAUCCUUUUCACCUUACUCAGAAUCCUCAAGGAGUUAUCCAAAUGGGUCUUGCAGAGAAUCAGCUUUGCUUUGAUUUAAUCGAAGACUGGAUUCGCAAAAAUCCCUAUGCCUCCAUUUGUACUGCUGAAGGAGUUGGCGAGUUUAAGGAUAUUGCAAACUUCCAGGAUUAUCAUGGCUUGCCAGAGUUUAGACAGGCUGUGGCGAACUUUAUGGGAAGAGUGAGAGGUGGUAGAGUAACAUUUGAUCCAGACCGUAUAGUUAUGGGCGGUGGAGCUACGGGAGCAAACGAGCAAAUCAUCUUCUGUUUAGCCGACCCUGGGGAUGCUUUUCUUGUACCCACACCUUAUUAUCCUGCAUUUGACCGGGACCUGGGAUGGCGCACUGGAGUUGAAAUAGUUCCUGUUCACUGCGACAGCUCAAACAAAUUCCGGAUAACCAGAGCUGCGUUGGAAGAAGCAUAUGAAAAAGCUCGAGAAGCCAACAUUAAUGUCAAAGGCUUGAUCAUAACAAACCCCUCAAAUCCACUUGGCAUCACCCUUGACAGAGAUACACUAAAAAGCCUAGUGAGCUUCGUCAAUGAAAAGAACAUUCACCUUGUCUGCGAUGAAAUAUAUGCUGCCACUCUCUUCUGUUCUCCCAAGUUCAUAAGCAUCGCUGAAGUCAUCCAAGAAAUGGAUUGUAAUCACGAUCUCAUCCACAUUGUUUACAGUUUGUCUAAGGACAUGGGCCUCCCUGGCUUUAGGGUUGGCAUUGUUUAUUCUUAUAAUGAUGAAGUUGUGAGUUGUGGCCGCAAAAUGUCAAGCUUUGGUUUAGUAUCCUCACAAACUCAAUUCUUUCUCGCUUCAAUGCUAUCUGAUGAUGAAUUUGUUGAAAAGUUUCUGGCGGAAAGCUCAAAGAGGCUGGUGAAAAGGUACCAUAUUUUCACAAAGAGACUUGAACAAGUGGGGAUUAAUUGCUUGAAGGGAAAUGCAGGUCUUUUCCUCUGGAUGGAUUUGCGACACCUCCUUCCACAAAAAACACUUGAAGCAGAAAUGAAACUAUGGCACACGAUAGUGAACAAUGUGAAACUUAAUGUUUCACCAGGCUCCUCCUUUCGUUGCCAAGAGCCAGGUUGGUUUAGGGUGUGCUUUGCAAAUAUGGAUGAUGAGACUGUGGACAUCGCACUCAAAAGAAUUGAAGCAUUUGUGAGUCAAGGCAAGGAAGGUGGUGAGAAUACAGCAACAAGGAAACAUUGGCAACCGAAUCUUCGUCUCAGCCUCAAGUCUAGGAAAUGUGAUCAGGGUGUUUUGACACCCCAUAUGAUGUCUCCUCACUCUCCAAUGCCUAAGUCACCAUUAGUUCUAGCAAGGACUUAAUCAGAAAUAUAUAGCAUACAAGUAAAGUAUAUUUACGGAAAUCACUCAAUUCCUUGAAGAAAUAACAGUAAAUUUUUUUUCCCAUUAAUGCAGUGGAGCGUUUUUGUGGGAGAAUAAAAAUUUACAUUGUGAAAAUGGUAUUAUUGUAUUUGUAUUUGUGGGGUUAAUUCCACAAGGCA